AUGGUGAUAGUACAAGGCGAAGGAAUUAAGAUUCCAAGAUUAAUUUGGAAACUUGUUAGAGUCGAAAGUCUGCGCAAGAGCAACGAUGGAAGGGUUCGAGGAGCUGUUGUCAAGACUGCAAAGGAAGACGGGUUACGAUGUUACGACAGACCUAUUAAAAAGUUGUAUCCCUUGGAGAUGAAUUACGAGUCUAACGAAACCGAAUCUAGAACCGAUCAAGAGCCUGAGAUUGCGCCUGUUCGAAGAUGCAUCCAUGCGUCCCGUAUUUAUUGCCGCAUGUUCGGCUUCUUUAUAGUUAUUACUUGUUACUUCAACUGCAGGACGUGCUAG